AUGUCCGCUCGUACGCACUCUGCACUCGUCCUUGUUGGCCAGCGGGAGCCCUUCGAGAUUCAUCGGAGACCCACAAUCACGCCGGAAGGAAGCGACAUUCUGAUUGAUUCAAAGUUCACGGCGUCGACGCCUCUCGAUCUGCACAGGGCUGAUGGUGGCCUUCUCAUCGAGCCUCCGCAAGUACUUGGAGCUGUUACUGUUGGUGUCGUGGAGGAGAUAGGGCCGAAUGUGACACUCUUCAAACCAGGAGACAGAGUCUUUGGGUGGGCACACGAGGGGAACGUGCAAGCUGCUCAUCAGGAACGCAUCACAGCCCCCGAUUGGAAAUUCGCCAGGAUACCCAAUGGCUUCACGAUGGAGGAAGUUGCAACUAUUCCCGAGAACUUUAUCACGGUCUUUAACACCAUGGCUACAGACCUCGGCCUACCCACACCGUGGCCAAAGCCAGCCGACUAUGUACCGCCCCGAGCGGAUGAGCCUAUUUUGAUUUGGGGCGCUGCAUCGUCCGUGGGCCAACAGGCUAUUCAAGUCCUCAAGCACUAUGGAUAUCGACACCUGAUCGCAACAGCGUCUCCCUCCCAUCACGGUUAUCUGAAGGGUUUGGGAGCGGAGGAAGUCUUUGACUACAGAGAUGAGAAAGUGGUCGAGGCUAUCCUGAACGCAGCCGCAAGAGUAAGGGGGGCUCAGCAACCAGCUAUACCGAUGGUCAUUGACUGCAUCGGCUCCCAAGAGGGAAGCUUGAAGGCAAUUGCUAGGGUAGCAGACAGAGGAACCACAGUGGCCAUUAUGCUUCCUGUGAUUCUCAAGCAUGCGUCUAAUGAUCAAGUGCCCGAAUAUUCCAUGGACGUCACGACUGCUGCCAGAUGGAAAGAAGGUGUUGAACCUCGCGGCGUUCGUACUCAUUUUGUUUACAGGAAUGAGUUCUUCAAGGAGAAGCUUGCUACUGAGAUCAUGCCAACUUUCCUGUCUGAAGGGAUAGUUCUACCCCAAAGGUAUAGACUGGUGGAGGGUGAAACGAUGCUCGAGAGAGGCACCAACGCACUCAAUGCCCUAAGAGAUGGUAUCAGCCGCGAGAAAUUAGUGUGGAGGACGAGCCAGCAGUGA